AUGUUCCAGCGAAGACCGCCUACCGCCCCUCGAGGGGGCUCGGUGAGGUCCUCGUUCACCGCGACGGGCGACACCGCCGACAUCGAGACCGAAAAGGGACCUUUUGACGAUGAAUCCAAGGUGCCGUUCCUUACCGUGAGGACCUUCUUCAUGGCUGUGCUGGUUUCAUUUGGCGGGCUAUGCUUUGGUUAUGAUACAGGUCAAAUCUCUGGUUUCCUGGAGAUGGACAACUUCCUGCGCAACUUCGCUAACGAGAAGAACCCCCUGGGCUUCGACAACAUUCGUUCCGGCUUGAUUGUGGGCAUGCUGUCCAUUGGGACCCUGAUCGGGGCUCUCAUCGCUGGCCCGGUUGCCAACAACAGAGUCAUUGGCCGCAAAUACUCCAUCUGCAUCUGGUCGAUCGUGUUCUGCGCCGGUGUCGCCGUGCAGCUCGGUGCUCUCGGUCCACGCUGGUAUCAAAUCAUGAUCGGUCGAAUCAUCGCCGGGUUUGCCAUUGGCGGUAUGUCGGUCAUGGUGCCUGCAUACCAGGGUGAAUCGAGCCCGCGACAUGUUCGAGGUGCAAUUGUGUGCUGCUACCAGCUUUUCAUCACGAUCGGUAUCUUGAUUGCCAACCUGAUCAACUUCGGCACCGAGCGCCUCCAUAGCACAGCGUCCUGGCGGAUUCCAAUGGGGAUUGGAUUCCUGUUUGCCAUUGUUCUGGGGUUCGGAAUCUUGUUCUUCCCCGAAACGCCACGUCACCAGUACCGACAUGGAGACAUCGACAACGCCACCACCAGUAUCGCCAAAUUCAACGGCGUGUCCGAGAGACACAAAGUGGUCAAAGACCAACUGGUCGAGAUGCAGGAAAAGCUGCAGGUCGAAUUGGAAGGCGGCAGGCACCCGUGGUACGAAGUCUUUACCGGGCCGAGAAUGUUGUAUCGCACCAUACUCGGCAUGGUCAUCCAGGCUCUGCAACAGCUGACCGGCGCCAACUACUUUUUCUACUACGGCACCACGGUGUUCGCCAGCGUGGGCCUGUCCAACUCGUACGUGACGCAAAUCAUCCUGGGCGCCGUCAACGUCGCCACGACGUUCCCCGGCCUGUAUUUCGUGGAGAAGUUCGGCCGACGCAGAUGCCUGAUGAUCGGCGCGGCGUGGAUGUUUAUGUGUUUCUUGAUCUUCGCGUCCUUGGGCCAAUUCGCCCUCCACAACGGCGACGGCAGCAACAACCAAACCAUCGGCUAUGUCAUGAUCAUCUUCUCGUGCCUCUUCAUCGCCGCCUUCGCCAGCACUUGGGGUCCAAUGGCCUGGGCCGUCACGGCCGAGAUCUAUCCUUCUCGAUACAGAUCACAGUGUAUUGCGCUGUGUGCUGCCAGCAAUUGGCUGUUUAACUUCCUCAUCGCCUUCUUCACGCCUUUCAUCACCGGCGACAUUCGCUUUGCCUAUGGCUACGUCUUUGCCGGCUGCAACCUGUUCGCCGUCUUCUUCGUCUAUUUCUUUCUCCCAGAGACGUCGGGCCGGUCCUUGGAAGAAAUAGACACCAUGUUCCUACUGGAAAUCAAGCCGUGGAAGAGCAGUAAAUGGGUCCCGCCCAAAGGCGAGGAAUUGAUCACCGCGGAUAAGUUGAGGUUGAACUCCGGCGCCAGAGGCAUCACCAAGAAGCAGGAGGCCGGUUUAGGAGGCGUGGACCAGCGGGAGAGCGCGGGUCCGGGUCGGGGUCGCACUGCUGGUGGCCAUGGCAUUGAUUGGCCGCAUGACUCCAUCGUCUCGGACCAGCAGCAUCCCACGGGGUCGUGA